AUGAGCGACGACGAAGGUCCGUGUCAAGGAGGAGGCAACAUUUCGCGAAACUCUUCGCGUUUCUUAGUCAACCGGGUUGCGACCGUCAGCGAUUCGAAUGAGGCGUUGAACCUGAUCGAAAAUGAUCACAAAGUCGGGGACGCCGGCCGAGUGGCGGUCAAUGAGGCGAAACAGGUGAAGUUCUCGAUCGCUGAGACCGUGGACAAGGACGAGGACAACAGAAAUGACAUGUCGUCGGGAUUGGCCAGUUCUCGACGGGACACUUUCCAAAGCGGUGACUCAUUCAGUCAAAAUACCACUACAACCAACUAUACGACCAACCUCAAAAGCUUUCGCAACGUGCAGACGAUGGAGCGCGUGCCGAACAUCGACCAUUACCGCAACGUGAUGUCGAUCGAGGGCGCGAUCGCCUCUCGACCUUCGCUCGCGCAGCUGCACGAAAAGACCUACGAGAAGGAGGAAGAAAUCGUCUCUUUCAAGAAUGUUCUUCCCGAAAAUGAAGAAAUUCGAGUCUCAGGGGCCUCUGCUAAGCUUGGGUGGAUUCAGGGCGUGUUCAUGCGAUGCGUAUUGAGUAUCUUGGGCACAAUACUGUUUCUGCGCAUCAGCUGGAUCUCCGGUCAUGCAGGGAUUCUUUUCAGCGGUCUAAUAAUUUUGUUAAGCUCCGUGGUGAGUUGUAUUACGGCGCUGUCUAUGUGUGCCAUCUGCACCAACGGUGAAUUGAAAGGAGGUGGCGCCUAUUUCAUGAUUUCGCGCUCGCUUGGACCCCAGUUUGGCGGAAGCAUCGGCGUGAUAUUCUCUUUGACUCUGGUUGCUUCAACAGCCAUGUGCACCGUCGGUUUCGCCGAAACCAUAAGGGAUCUUCUCAGGAUUCGAUAUGAGACGAGCAUGUCGAACAGCUUAGGUAUUAUCCGGCAUUGCGAUCACACUGAGUGGAAGUGGAUUGAGGGCGGUAAAUAUAACGACAGUUUCUAA